AUGCCCUCAGAGAGCCAGUACCCUAGUUUGCCAAUUCCAGAUGUGGAUCUGUGGGCGUUUCUCUUCGAAAGGAAAGAUAGGCCGUAUGCGGAUGACAAAGUAAUCUACUUUGACCCGUACACCAAGCGUUCUUACACUUACACUCAAGUUCGAGAUGCUGCCAUAAACUUCGGCAAAGGGCUGAAGUCACUCUGGGACUGGCAGAAAGGCGAUGUUCUCGCCUUGUACACACCCAACUGUAUCGACACACCUGCGAUAACAUGGGGUUGUCACUGGGCAGGAGGUGUUCUCUCUCCAGCAAACCCGAACUACACAGUUGAGGAACUUGCAUUCCAACUCAAGGAUUCUGGUGCAAAGGCGCUGGUAACCCAACUGCCUUACAUCAAGAAUGCGCAAGAGGCUGCGAAGCAAGUUGGGAUUCCUCUUGAUCGCGUCAUCGUGAUGGGCGAUCAGAAGGACCCGUCUUACAAAGUGAAGCACUUCACUAGUAUCGUCAAUACGGCUGGAACCUCUAGAUGGCGGAGAACAAAGGCCAGCAACCCAUCAGAGGAUCUGGCGUUUCUGGUGUAUUCCAGUGGAACUACAGGUCAUCCGAAGGGUGUAAUGUUGACCCACCGGAACAUCGUCGCCAACACCAUGAUGAUCAAAGCUGGAGAGGCUGGUAAACUGCAGCCAACUGGCGGACCAACUGGCGAAGGUGACAAACUGCUGGCUUUUCUGCCUUUCUUUCACAUCUACGGCCUCACUUGCCUAAUUCACCAGAGCUUGUAUUCUGGGCUCCAACUUGUUGUAAUGCCGAAGUUUGAUCUGGAGGACUUCUGCAAGUUCAUUCAGGAGCUCAAGAUUACGUUUGCUUACGUAGUACCGCCAAUCGUUCUACUGCUCAGCAAGCAUCCUUUGGUAUCGAAUUACGACCUGAGCUCAAUCAGGAUGAUGAACUCCGGCGCGGCGCCUUUGACGAGAGAGCUCGUAGAGGCAGUCUACGGCAGGUUGAAAAUACCGGUUAAACAAGGAUACGGUUUGUCAGAAACUAGCCCGACAACGCAUACCCAACCAUGGGAAGACUGGAACAAGACCAUCGGAUCCGUAGGAAAGCUUCUGCCCUACCAGACGGCAAAGUACAUGUCUCCUGAAGAGAAAGAGAUGGCAGUCGGCGAGGUUGGCGAACUAUGGAUCAAGGGUCCGAAUGUUUUCAAGGGCUACCUCAACAAUCCUGAGGGAACUGCUCAUGCGAAGACAGCUGACGGUUACUUUAAGACAGGCGAUGUCGGGUAUCAAGAUAAAGACGGAAACUUCUUCAUCACCGACCGCGUGAAGGAACUCAUCAAGUACAAGGGAUUCCAGGUGCCACCUGCGGAGUUGGAGGGUAUCUUGGUCUCGCACCCAAAAAUCAACGACGUAGCCGUGAUCGGAGUCUACUCGAAAGAUGAUGCCUCUGAACUACCGCGCGCCUACGUCGUACCCAAGGAUGGGCUCGGCAAGACCGAUGAAGACGCGAAGGAAAUCAUAGACUGGUUGAGCGCAAAGGUCGCACACCACAAGAGACUACGUGGUGGAGUGAGAUGGGUUGAUGAGAUACCCAAGUCUGUGAGCGUCAUCGAAGAAAGGCUGGUCAAGAAGCCAUUCAAACCAAUCGUCAAGAGCCCAGCCCAAAAGGAAGAAGACUCCCUUUAUCGCGUCUCGGUCACAGUACACCCUGACCUCGACAACUUUCCCGACGCCUUGCGUCAUGCCCUUCAAGAAGCUUGUCAAACCGCGUUUUACACCCACAUGUUCGCGCUCCAAGCUGGCAAAUUAGCCAAGCAUCACCAGAUGUACAACAUCGUAGCGGGAACACGCGUUCGGUCAGAGUCGAUCACCUUCGAAAACACAACCGUAUAUUCGAAUAUCCUGGAUCUUAGCGUGGCCAACAUCACCCUGUUGAAAUUCUUUGCAGCCCGUCCAAACGCCAGGCUCGAGAAGAAGUCAUUUCAAGAGCAAAGGCAUGAAGGACUCACCAAUCCGGAGUUUCUGGAAUUAUACAGCGUGAGGAGGGGCGAUUUGGGUUGGGGCUUGGAUGCGGAAGGCGGUUUAUCUAUCUAUGGAUCUUCGCUUGUCAGGAAGAAGACAAAGGAAUACGUCUGGUACGUCAGGAGUGCUGGUAUCAAGCUCGAGGAUGAGAGUUAA